UGCUAAUGUGCCGAGGGAAGGCAACUCAGGAUUUUAAAGGUCCAGAUUGUCGCUUUGUAAAUUUUAAGAAGGGAGAAGCGGUGUACGUAUAUUACAAACUAAUAGGAAAAUCAAUCGAGCUCUGGGCUGGAAGUGUUGGAAGUGAUUUUGGAUAUUUUCCAAAGGAUUUACUUGAAAUAAAUCAUAAUUAUUCCAAUGAGGAGCUAGAGUUACCAACAGAUGAAACAGACUUUGUUUGCUUUGAUGGUGGAAGGGAUGAUUUUGAUAAUUAUAAUGUGGAUGAGCUUUUGAAGUCAUUGCAAGAGACAAUAGCAGAUGAAGGGGAAACUGAAUCAACUGAUCCAGGGACAAAACCAGCUGAAGAAACCGAAAGGGAUGAGGAGAUUGAACAGGUUGAUACAGUAAAGUCCCUUGAUGCUUUUGAGACAGACAAUCUUGAGCUAAGCACAGAAGAAGACAAGGAAGCCCUUGCCAUGACAGAGGAAGUAGACAGUUCUCCUACAGAAGAAACUGAAAAUACUGGGGGAGACUCCACUGUCAAUAGUCACGAAGAAAACUCUCAGGGAGAUCAAAUUGCACAUGAACACUUGAAAGGAAUGCUACAUGGGAAACUAAAAGGGCUAGAAAGUGAAAAUACCAAAAACACUAGUAUUCCUCAGGGUGAAACCAGUCAACUUGACAAAGAGAGUGAAGAAGUCAAUGCCUAUACACUUUUAAACAGAGAGCUCUCUGUGAACUUGAAAACAAAAUUUGGCUCAACUGCAGAUGCUGUUGUAUCAGACGAUGAGGUGACUCGCCUUGUUACAUCACUGGAAGAUGAUGUUAAUGAAGAUUUGAGCAUUAAUACGCAUGAUGCAGAGGAGGAGCCAGACUUUGCAGAUCAGUCUGAAGAAAUCCCUUUGCUGUCUUUUACGGCAGAGGAAGAAAUUACAUCUCUCGCAGAUUUAGAAGAUGAUGAAAACGAUGACAUUGAGUCACAAAAUCAUGAACUUGAUGAAGAUGCAAAGGGUGCUACAGAGCUAAAUAACCAAAGAGACAAUGAGGAAGAACCCGAUUCAGAUGCGUUAAUUCUUAAGGAUGCCUUCAGUAAGAGCAAGAAGUUGGAUGACAGUAUAAGUGUGGACAGGUUCGAAUCUAAACAAACAGAAGAGAAACAGGAUGAGGUGAUGCUAAUUAGUAAAAGUGAAGCACCAGCAACAACUCAACCUGAGGAUCUCUCCAAAGAACUCCUUAGAAAGGAACCUGUAGGUACAGGUGAUCUGGGUUCAAAAGAAAAAACAAACAAAACUGAACAGUUUGAAGAGCAGCUCACGGUUGAUGGAACUGAGUCACAUACUGAAGAGGUGAAGAGUACAGCUGUGCCCGAUCCUCAUGUUUUGCCUAGUCCAGGAGAUGAUCUGGAGUCCAAAUCAUUUGUUAAAAGCAAGCAAGAUGCUUUAAAACCACCUGUUGGUGAUAUUAACAAAAGUCCAGAAAGAGUGCUGCUUGCUCAAAUAGAGAAAGAUGAGAAAAAGUUUAACGAUGACACCUUGGAAGACGUCUUGGAAAGUGAUUUAAAGCACAAAAAGUUAUGGGAGAAAACAAAGGAGAAAGGAAGAGCUGAGAACAAGCCUUCUGUUGAUGUUCCAGCCAAACCAGUGAAAGAGGUAAAAAAUGCAUCUCAAAGUGACUUAGGAGAUACUGACCUCUUGAAAGAGAAACUGGAGCAUGGAAUGCCUGCUGUGGAGAAAGAACUUCUGAGACAUGAAGAAGAUUUGAAACAAACAGGGGAGACCGAUCAUGAAAAUCAAAAAACCACCUCGCUUAACAAAGAACCUGAAAUAAAAAGGAGAAACAUGAAAGAAACCCCUGCAGGGGAGGGAGACCCAAGCCAUAGAGGAGCUGUUGAGCAACCUAGGCCAUGGGAAAAUGAGACUGAGUAUUCAGGGGCAGAUGUGAAAGAAGAGCUUUCAAGAAAUCUUGGCAAGAUGACAGUAUUUGAAGAAAGCAUUGAGAAAAGUUCCCCUGAAGAAAAAUCAAAAAGCACUACACAGAAUACUAAUACAGAGAAUCCUACUCGGCAAGGAACUGCUCGUACUGAGGAUGCAGAUUCAGACAGAAAUCUUGGCACAAAUUUAGCUAAAGAAAGAACACUAAGACCAGAAUUGCAAUCCGAAGAGCCAGAUGCUGAAGACGACCCUGACCUGAAACAAGUAGAGGAAGAGCUACUGGAAGAUGAGAAUGCUGCAAGUGCAAAGCUGUCGCAAGCAAGGGCUGCAAAUGUACAGGGUGAUACACUAAAUGUUAAAAGUACAAACCCUGAAUUAGAAGUACUAAGUGAAGCUGUUUCGGGAACUGCAAAUCCUACUUAUAAAACAGGAGAGGAAACAAACGCAUUUUCUAAGGAGGCUAAAAAAACGAUCAGCAUGCAAGAUACAAGUGAGACUGGGAACAAAGAGGUUCAAGUACCAGUGAGUGAAGAUGCUGAAUUGGAUGAGAUGGAACGUGUCAUGGAAGAUGAUGAGGCGUCUUCUGAAGCUGAGGACCCAUCAGCUGUGGAAGAACAUAAUUUCCAAUCUCCUGACACGGAAGACAACAAUGACUUUAUCCAAAGGAAAGAUCAUCUCCCAGAGGGCAUUUCACAGGAAGACUCAGAAGAGGUGCAAAAUUUAGAGCAUAGAAGAAACCAGCAAUCUGCACAUUUCCCCAGCCCUGCUGACAGCUCAGCAGCCACAAAUGACACUGUAACAGACUUCAGUGAGUCUGUGAAGCGGCUCACAAUAAUGAGAGAUUUUCUUGAUGAGAAGCGUGUAAUACGUCUACAAAAGUACCUUGGGCUUCAACACGUGGUUAGGAUAGAAGCCAUGUUUCAUGACAUGGAGGUAGAGAUGGAGCUUGCUCGGAAGGCAAGCCAUAAUAACGAAGAUCUAGAAAAAGCUUUGGACCAGAUACUUGAGUUUUCAGAAUCGAGCAUUUUUUUUCUGGAUUCCAGAGUGGCAGAAAAUAAAGAGGAGGUGGUGAAAGAGAUGGAUUUGUAUGAUGAGGAGAGCGCGCUGAUGGAUGAUGUUCAAGAAUUGAUAUAUUCUUUAAGAAGUAAAUAUUCAUCUGCUAGUGAGAGUGUCCCACUUGCAUCUAUUCCGGAACAGGAAGAUGAUCAGCUGCAUGUUCAAGAUGGUGCAAAAGACGCUGAAUAUGACAGAGUUUCCAUCAGAAACCCAAAUGCCAUUGAUGAGAACAAUCAGGAAUUUCAUCAGCUUCAAGAUAGGAGGCCACAACAGCCUACUGAGGAGAAGGAGGAGAGGGCUGUUAAUGUUCCACCUGAGCAUGAAGAGGCCAACUUCUUGCAUAAUAGAGAAGCCGAAGAAGGGUACGAUAGUGAAAGAGGAUCGCUGCUGGAAGAUACUUCCUUUGGGUCAAUUGAUUCAGGACAGAGUGCCAGGGAAGAUAUUGCUGCAG